UGCGUAUUGCAUUUUCGAACGUUUGAUCAAAACAACAUUGCAAAAUAUAGUACASGUUACAACAAGAUAUAGAUUUUCAGUGGAUUUCUGUACACGAUGGCCAUAAAAAAUUACACAUCGUUUCUAUUUGUAUCUCUGGUGGUUUUGGGGAUUUUUUUAGGAGCUUCAGCACAAAAGGCGUCGACUACAGUUGCCCCAAAAACAAGUAAUACUUCGACUUCGACMAGUACGCCAGCAACUACCAAACCAWCAAUGACGUGUGAGCAGAGGAACUCCUCGUGUGGUUCCUGCACGGAUGAUAAAAAGUGUUWUUGGUGUAGUUCCGAUUCUAGUUGUAAAGACUAUCCGACCAGCAAGAUUAUCCCUCGUGAUUGUAAGGGGAAUAAAUGGUACUGGAAGCAGUGCUUGGCCCCAGGAUAUGUUCUCAUAAUCGUUAUACCGUCACUUUGUGGUUUUAUACUCCUCACCCUUGGUUGCUGCAUCUACUGUUGCUGUUGCCGAAGCAGAGGCAACAAAGAAGAUCGUGAGGAAACAAGGAUCAGAAGGAGGAGGGAAGAAGCUAGUGAACGUAGCGCACAGAGGCGAGCUGAUCGACAAAAGAGAUCUGAUGCCAUUCGACAGAAGUAUGGACUCUUGAAUAAUGAGGAUGACAAUGAAGUUGUAUAAAGAGUCUCUUGACGUGUGUAUGAAAGAUUGAGUCCAGAUUGUGAUAUGUUGAUGAUAACUACAAUAUUUAAGGAAUUGAGUAAAUUCUUACAAUAUUAGCUAACCAUUUUUCUUUGCCAGGUCAAUAUAUUGUUUAAUACUUAAUUGAUGACUUCUUCUGUAUCAUAUGAAUCUUGACUUCAAAUGAUCACWUUUAAAAUGAUAAUGACUAGUGCUUACUGCAGUAGUUGGGACUGCAUUGGUUUAUUGAAUACAAAACUGAAUAAGAAGGAAGCUUAAACAUUGUGUAAAAAAGUUUGUAACUGUACUGACAUUUUGGAUGUCAGUCCUUUAUCUUUCACUCUGAUGGACUAGCAUCUGAUACGUUAGUACAGUUGCAAACCUUCUAACACAUUAUUCCCUGGUUGAUCGCAUUAUUUAAUAUAGAUAGCAUCAAAGUUAACUGUUAGAGCUAUAUAUCCUGUCUGUGGUAUAACAAAAAYUAUACCAUGGUAUAUAUAAUACAUCUACAGGUUUUUUCAUUUGUAUGUUGAGUGUCAAAACUAGCUACUUUUUUAUCCUGCAUCCUCAGACAUUUGUAAAUACAAAUAUARUGCCACCUAAAACCCAUCAAUUGCUGUGCUCAAGUCCAUGGAAAUUAAAUUUGAAUGUACAAUAUCACCACCAAAUGAUCCUUGAAUAUAUAAAUAAAUAUAUCUCAAGAACAA